GGGUCGAGUCGAGUCCUUUUUGGUUGGUGUCUGCCUCUUUUGUGCGUUGUAGGCUGUCAAGAGAACCCCCUCAGAGGAGAUAUUAAUCUUCCCUCUCUGAUGGAAUCUGCCACCUUCAUCAGUGGCAUCGUCAAGGGCUCUCUGUGAGAGAGAGAGAGAGAGGGAGAGAGGGAGCAGUAAUCUGAUCCUUCUCCACCUUGACUCUGCAAUUACUGAAGGCUCUCUCACUACUCUUGUCUCUCCAAGAGAAGGAAAGACUCCCCCCUUCCUUUUGAACUUUGUGUUGUUCACAGUUGUGGGUUUGGUCAAGUGGGUGUUGACCCAAAGUACUUGUCUUGGUUAGUACAAAUUGCGCAUAGAAGCGGCCAAGUCAUCAAAAGCUGUGUACUAACAAAACCAAGCAAACAGAGGAAAGAGAAACUGAGGGUGAGAGAGAUGGGUUAGAGGGGUGAUGUUGAGAAAGAAGUGAGAGGGGUUCAUCUUUUUCUAAAGUCUCUGGUUCUCCUGGUUCCGUUUGGAGGAGUUGGGGGCAGCUGGGAGGGGUGGGGAGAUGGAAGUGGAAGACCUGGAUGACUGCACACACUUUUGGGAGAGAGAGCACCAAAAGCAGCUUCCAGAUUUCACAGAGCUCGUUGCAGAUCAAUAAAGACUUAGUUUUUAAGCACUCUCAAUCUCUCUCUCUCUCUCUCACUCGUCGAAAGCUGGAAGAAGAAGAGGACAAGCACAAGGGCCUGAGUCUGGAUCCUCAAAGGAAUCAACACUAUCAUCACUUUUAUCAUCAUCUUCAACACAAUCCUCUUCAGAACUCGAGGCAUGUAGGGCAAGAAGCAGAGGAAGAAGAACAAGAAGCAGAGGAAGAAGAACAGAAUCGACAAUCAGCAAAGCAACAACACCACUUCCAGCUAGACGCUCACCAACUGUAUCUUCUCAGCACACAAGCCCAGCCAGACCACCCACAGAGCUUCUGCUAUGGAAGGUUAGAGGAAGAGACCACUCAAUCUUCACAGCCACAAGUGCAACCACCCAAAAAGAGGUCUUAUAUUCCCUCCUCAGCCUCACUAGCUCUCGCUGACCAGACCGCCGAAUAUGCAAGAAAAAUGGGAGACAACCACCACCCCCAACAGGCGGCGGCUACCUCUUCAAGAUUGGGAAUGAGGAGAGGCGGCGGCGGCGGUGGAGGAGAGAUCGUGGAGGUCCAAGGAGGCCACAUUGUUCGGUCCACCGGGAGGAAGGACCGGCACAGCAAGGUAUGCACCGCCAAGGGGCCGAGGGACCGCCGCGUGCGGCUGUCGGCCCACACCGCCAUCCAGUUCUAUGACGUCCAGGACCGUCUCGGUUACGAUCGCCCGAGCAAGGCGGUCGACUGGCUCAUCAAGAAGGCCAAAGCCGCCAUUGACGAGCUCGCGGAGCUCCCUGCCUGGAAGCCUACCGCCACCACUGCAGCGACCCAUCAUCCACAGGCAACGGAUGAGCGGGAGAGCCCGGUGGAUAUGCACCAGGCAGCUGUGGACGCGGCGGCUGACGAUAUCCGAAAUCUGCAGCAGCAGCAGCAACAAAUCAACAGCCACCACCAGAGCAACCCCAACACCACCAGCUUUCUACCUCCAUCUCUGGACUCGGACUCCAUCGCCGACACAAUCAAGUCCUUCUUCCCGAUGGGCGUCGGCCCACCACCGUCGUCCGUGCAGUUCCAGAGCUACCACUCCCAUCCACCGGAUUUGUUGUCAAGAACCAGUAGCCAGAGCCAAGAUCUUCGCCUCUCCCUGCAAUCAUUCCAAGACCGUGUUUUGCUGCGACAGCAGUCACAUGACCAUCACGUGGUCUUCUCCGGAACUCCGCAGCUAGGGUUUGAUUCGUCGCCCGCCGCUUCUCUGUGGCCUUCUGAGCACACCCACCACAACACCAACCCAGCUUCAGACAUCGGAAGGUUCCAGAGGACUGCGCCGUGGAGCGCCGGCGGAAGCAACGGUGGCGGAGGCGGUGGGUUCAUGUUUGCCCCGCCGCAGCCUGAGGCGGCCACAGCGGCGGUGCAGCCGUUGUUUGGCCAAGGCCAGUUUUUCGCACAGAGGGGACCCCUUCAGUCCAGUAACAUGCCCGUGAUUCGUGCUUGGAUGGACCCGACACUAUCAUCGUCCGAUCAUCAUCAUCACCAAAUCCAGCAUUCCAUCCACCCAAUUUCACCCGCCGUGGGAUUCGCGUCCGGCGGGUUCUCCGGGUAUCACAUUCCGGCACGGAUUCAAGGGCAACACGGAGAGCACGACGGCAUUCUUGACAAGCCGUCCUCUGCUUCCUCCGAUUCCCACCAUUGAACAGGAGCAUUGAAAAAAAAAUCUCAACUCUCUCUCCCUCAUUGCAGGAAAGGGUUGUCAGCAAUCAUUGUACUUUCUUGAUCAAGGUGAACAAGAACGAGCAACUUUAGCAGAUUGUUAGCCGGGAGAGAAUUUGGGUACAUUUGGAGUUUAAUGGUGAAACGAAACCGCAUGGGAGGGAAAAUUCUGAAGAGAUUUCGUCAUCUCAGGCGUUUUCAAUCCCUGGUUUGUUUUUAAGUAUCUACAUGUUGGUACUGUUUCUAGCACUUUUUUCCACUGUCAUGUUUGAGUUGGCUCUGUUGACAUUUGAGCUCAACUUUUGUUUGAUGUGUUGACUCUAUUUUGAAUUCGGACCAGUCUGUGUUUUUGUUCCCAGA